UUCUCGCCGGUUAUCUAGUGCGCCCGCGAGAAUCGUGACCUGUGAUUUGUCAUCCCGCGCGGACGGUGACACGCGACUUUCGUACAAAAAAAAAAAAAGGAAACACCCAAGGAAGCGUCACGCGGUUUCCGAUCGUUCGAACAAAACGCGAGUGACAAAAGCUUCGUCGAGAAUUGGAGCUUUUAUCUUACGAUCCGCAAACGAACGAGCGAAGUGUGGCGUGCGUGGCAAAUCGUGCCAACUAUUUCCGGUGGUACGGCGCUUUUUGACCGCGAGGUGACGUUUUUUUUUUUCUGCGGCACGUAUUCCGCGAGGUGUGCUUCUGUCGGAGAAGGCGAGCAGGCGAGCGUAUCGAAGACAGAAGGAAAGUUGAAAAAACCACACACGUCAAUCCCGGUCAGAGUUCCCGUGUCAGCGCACGAGGACGAAAGAUGGGUCUCACGAUCAGCAGUUUGUUCACCCGACUAUUCGGCAAGAAGCAGAUGCGGAUACUUAUGGUCGGCCUGGACGCCGCCGGCAAGACCACCAUACUCUACAAGCUGAAGCUAGGCGAAAUCGUCACCACCAUACCCACAAUCGGAUUUAACGUGGAAACGGUGGAGUACAGGAAUAUCUGCUUCACCGUGUGGGACGUGGGCGGUCAGGACAAGAUUCGACCACUCUGGAGGCAUUAUUUCCAGAACACCCAGGGCCUAAUUUACGUCGUAGAUAGCAAUGACCGCGAGCGUAUAAGCGAGGCGGAACGCGAAUUGGCAAACAUGCUGAAGGAGGACGAGCUGCGGGACGCCGCGUUGCUGGUGUUUGCCAAUAAACAAGAUUUGCCCAAUGCCAUGUCCGCGGCCGAACUUACGGAUAAACUAGGCCUGAACUCGCUGCGAGGUCGCCAUUGGUACAUUCAGAGCACCUGCGCCACUCAAGGACACGGACUGUACGAGGGUCUGGACUGGCUGAGUAACGAGCUGGCCAAAAAGUGAUAGCGCUUCAUUAUUAUUACUUGGUAUUCUUAAGGACAACUUAUUUUUACUCGAGUAUGGACGUAGAACAGAACGGAGUUCGCUCAGCGAUUUUCAUCGUUGUCAAAUUUGUAUCGAUGUAAUGUCUAAUGUACAGUUUACUUAAUCAUCGCAACAUUUACAAUCGCUUCAGAAAAAAAACAAAAAAAAAACAAAAAAAAAAAAACAAGAUUGUCGCAAUGCGC